AUGCCCGGGGGAAUGGGCGCCGCCCGGCGCUGCCUGCUGGCGCUCGCCCUGCUGGCAUGGACCAGAAGAGGAAGAGGGGAAGGCAGCCCCCAGCCACAGCAUGAACUAAUAAUACCUCAGUGGAAGGCUGCAGGAGGCCCUAUGGGAGAAAAGCAUCCACUCAAAGCUGAGCUCAGGGUAAUGGCCGAGGGGCGAGAGCUGAUCCUGGACCUGGAGAAGAAUGAAUACCUUUUUGCUCCAACCUACACAGAAACGCAUUAUACUCUGAGUGGCAACUCUCGAACCUCCACGCUGAAAUCCGAGGAUCACUGCUUUUACCAUGGGACGGUGCGGAAGGCGGAAGAGUCCAGUGUCACGCUCAGCACCUGCCGGGGAAUGAGAGGCCUGAUUGUGGUGAACAGUAACCUCAGCUACAUCAUCGAGCCCCUCCCCGAUGGUGGGAGCCACCACCUUAUUUACAGAUCUGAACAUCUCAAGCUGCCCCCCGGGAACUGUGGGUUCGAGCACUCUGGAAACACCAGCAGGGACUGGGGCUUUCAGUUUACAAACCAGAUCAAGAAACGACCUCACCGGAUGAAAAGGGAAGACUUGAACUACAUGAAGUACGUGGAGCUCUACAUCGUGGCUGAUGCUGCGGAGUUUACCAAGAAUGGACGAGACCUGGAAGCCACCAAAAACAAGCUCAUUGAGAUCGCCAAUUAUGUUGAUAAGUUUUACCGGCCCUACAACAUCCGGAUUGCUCUCGUGGGCUUGGAAGUGUGGACUCACGGGGAUCAGUGUGAAAUUUCGACGAACCCAUACACCACCCUCUGGUCAUUUCUUCGUUGGAGGCGCAAGCUGGUCUUUCGGAAGAAGCACGACAACGCACAGUUAAUCACGGGCGUGCGUUUCCAGGGCGUCACCAUCGGCCUGGCCCCCCUCAACGUCAUGUGUUCGGUGUACCAGUCUGGGGGAGUGAACAUGGACCACUCUGAGAAUUCCAUUGGCGUGGCUGCCACCAUGGCCCAUGAGAUGGGCCACAACUUCGGCAUGACCCACGAUCUGAAAGGCUGUUGCCACGCCAGCGCGGCUGACGGGGGGUGCAUCAUGGCAGCCGCCACCGGGCAUCCUUUCCCCAAAGUGUUCAAUGGAUGCAACAGGAGGGAGCUGGAAAGAUAUUUGCAGUCAGGUGGUGGGAUGUGUCUCUCGAACAUGCCAGACAUCAAGAUGCUGUAUGGAGGCCGGAGAUGCGGAAAUGGGUACCUGGAAGAAGGGGAAGAGUGUGACUGUGGGGAGGAAGAGGAAUGUGACAAUCCCUGCUGCAAUGCCUCCAAUUGCACCCUGAGGGAAGGGGCGGAGUGUGCCCACGGCUCCUGCUGUCACCGCUGUAAGCUGGUGGCCCCUGGCACGCUGUGCCGCCCACAGGCCCGGCAGUGCGACCUGCCAGAGUUCUGCACGGGCAAGUCUCCCCACUGCCCCACCAACUUCUACCAGAUGGAUGGCACCUCCUGCGAGGGCGGCCAGGCCUACUGCUACAACGGCAUGUGCCUCACCUACCAGGCCCAGUGUGAGCAGCUGUGGGGACCCGGAGCCCGGCUUGCUCACGACCUCUGCUUCGAGAGGGUGAAUGUGGCUGGGGACACCUAUGGGAACUGUGGGAAGGACAUGAAUGGGAAACACAAGAAGUGCAGCAUCAGAGAUGCCAAGUGUGGGAAGAUCCAGUGUCAGGCUUCUCAGUCCCGGCCCCUGGAGUACAACGCCGUGGCCAUCGACACCACCAUCACCAUAAACGGGAGGGAAGUCCAGUGCAGGGGCAUCCACGUCUACCAAAGUACCGAGGAGGAGAAUGACAUGCUGGACCCAGGCCUGGUGCUGACGGGGACCAAGUGUGGCUACAACCAUAUUUGCUUCGAGGGGGAGUGCAGGAACACCUCCUUCUUUGAAACCGAAGGCUGCGGGAAGAAGUGCAAUGGCCACGGGGUCUGCAACAACAACCAGAACUGCCACUGCAGCCCGGGCUGGGCCCCACCCUACUGCAACACGCCUGGCUUUGGGGGCAGCAUCGACAGCGGGCCCAUGCCCCCCGAGGGCGUAGGUCCCGUGCUGGCCGGUGUGUUCUCGGCCCUCUUCGUGCUGGCCGUGCUCGGGCUGAUGUACUACUGCUGCAAGCAGGACAGCAGGCUGGGCCAGCUCAAGGCCUUUGCCCUUCCCUCCAAGUUGAGGCAACAGUUCAGUUGUCCUUUCAGGGUGUCUCAGAACAGUGGAACUGGACAUGCCAACCCAACAUUCAAGUUGCAGACCCCCCAGGGCAAGCGAAAGGUGAUCAACACCCCUGAACCCCCACGGAAGCCUCCUGUGCCGCCUCCGGACUAUCUGCAGGGCAGCUCCCCACCUGUGCCUUUGCCGGCACAUCUCCUCAGGCCUCCUAGGAACCCCCCUGGGGCUGGGCCCCAAGUAGAGAGGAAAGAGUCAGCCCGGAGGCCUCCGCCAACCCGGCCAAUGCCCCCCGCCCCAAACUGCAUCCUCUCCCAGGACAUCUCCAGGCCUCGGCCGCCUCAGAAGGCGCUCCCGGCAAACCCCGUGCCAGGCCGCAAGAACGGUGUCUCCAGGCCCGGCGGGGCCGCCAUCCUGCCACCCACCGCCGCGGGCCGCCCUCAGCAGUCCUGGCCUCUGUUAGCGCCUGCCUCAAAGUUCCCUGACUACACAGCGCAGAGGGCCGGGUGGAUGACUAACUCAAGAAUCUAG